GAGCACGGACUGAUGACGCCAACUCACCUCUGUUAUCCAAUGGGACAGUUUAUUGGCCAGUAAAAGUCUAAAAUGUUUAGAGUCGGAAAAAUUUAGAAAAAAAGGUUGUGAAACGAGUCUGGAGGCUGCUGGGAGUCAGACAGAGCAGACAGCUGAUGUUUACUUCGUGUCCUAACGAGGAGCAGAGGAGAUUUCUAUCUUCCUUGGAAAAAAUGAUGAGAAAAUGAGGAUGCUUUGAGUUUCCUGACAGAAUAUACUUCGCAACUUUUCAUCUCCAGAGAUAAACAUACUUGGUUUUCAUAUGUCCCACACUCUUGAACGUUCCGAAGCCAUUCCGACGCUAUUGAAUGCACCAUACCUGUGUGUGAGCAGGAAAAGACACAAGCCUACCAAGGUGUGGUGAGUCAUGGGAAGCUUCAAGGGUCAUGCGCUCCCCGGAAGCUUCUUUCUGGUCGCUGGGAUCUGGUGGACAUUGAAGCACUCGCUCUGGCACGCCACCCGCAGGAACAAGAACAUCGGUUCCACUCGGCUGGCCAGCAGAGCCUCACAGCGCCGCCUGGAGAUCAUUGAAAACUCUGUUGUGCUCUUCUUUUCUUUUGUUGGGAUGCUGGCAGAGCAGUUUGCAGCAGAUGGACCGAAGCUCCAGCUGUACGACUCGACAGAGAAACACUGGGAAUAUCUGAUGAACUGGCAACACACCACCAUGUAUCUGUUCUUUGGCCUGUCUGCUGCUGUGUCUCUGGUUUUACACACCACAGAGGCUGCCCCACUGGCACUGGAUAGGCUAAUGCUGGCUAUUGCUUUCUUUAAUGAAGGAUUUCUUUUCUUCUACCACCUCCAUGGCAGGACUAUGCUCGACGUCCAUGUGCACCAGCUCCUUCUCUACGCCAUCUUUGGCGAGGCUCUUGUUGCCUUCUUGGAGAUCUUCCAUCGAGGUAAUAUCAUUCUGGAGCUGCUGCGCUGCACCCUGACUGUCGUGCAGGGAAGCUGGUUCUGGCAGAUUGGUUAUGUGCUGUACCCUCCCCAUGGCCCUGAGUGGGACCUAAAGGAUCACAACAACAUGAUGUUCGUCACCAUGUGUUUCUCCUGGCACCUCGCCUUCGCCAUGCUCAUCGUGAGCAUGCUCUAUUGCACUGCCAGCUGUGUGGUCCGCUCCAGAUUGAGGAGGACUCCUCCAAUGGAAAUGGGACUUUUGAAGCCCAGAGACAGGGAUCCAGACUCAGAGGAUGAGAUUUUAUGAAGAGGACUGUUAAACACCUACAUAGUGACUUAAAUCAGGGAUAUGAAGUUUGCAGAUCCAUCAGCAGUACGACUAGAAGCGUGCAGACAGAAGAGGGAUAAGGACAUGGUUUCUGGGUGCUUUACUUUAGAAAUAUAUCUCUACCUCUGCCCUAAUUAAUCAGCUGUAAACUCCAGCCUUACUCUCAUUGUUUUUGCUAUUUAUUUUACAGUGACCUUAUACUUUUCAUAUACGCUGUCAUAUCAUUUUUUUCAUUAUAAUUUUGCACAAACAGUAUAAGUGAACAUCAACUAAUAAGGGUGAGCUUUUUACAGAUUGCAUGCUUUUCAUUUGACUCACCAAAGUUGUUGGUGCUCAGUAACGCCAUCUUGUGGCUUUUUUUUUGUUUGUUUCAUAAUGUUGAGUCUCACAUGUCAGUCAAACUUAAAUGCCAAAAAAUACGAAUUUUAUUAAAUUUGUUUAAAUUUUC